UUGUGUUCUCCCGCCAAUUUAAACCUGUGGGCUAGAACCUGAAGAGAUUAGGGACAGUUGUCGGGGGAAGGAAGCGGGGCGGUAAAUUUGAGUGUUCUUCUUUAGUUUCUGCAGUUGCAGGGAAAGUAGUGGUUCCUGACCCAGGAAGACAAUCUCAGAAACAUGUGGAAUGAUAUUGAGUUGCUGACAAGUGAUGAUACAGGAAGCGGGUACCUAAGUGUUGGCUCAAGAAAAGAACAUGGAACCGCUUUAUAUCAAGUUGAUUUGCUAGCGAAGAUCUCCUCUGAAAAGGCCUCGUUAAAUCCAAAGAUACAAGCAUGUAGCCUAAGUAACGGAUUUAUUAUUGUAGUGGAUCAAUCAGUGAUCCUGCUUGACAGUGUUUGUAGAUUGCUUCAACUGCAUCUUAUAUUUGAUACCGAAGUGGAUGUAGUUGGCCUAUGUCAAGAAGGAAAGUUUCUUUUGGUUGGGGAGAGAAGCGGCAACUUACAUCUUAUUCACGUAACAUCGAAGCAAACAUUACUCACUAAUGCUUUUAUUCAGAAAGCUAAUGAUGAAAAUCAGCGUACUUACCGGAAUCUUGUUAUUGAGAAAGACGGUUCAAGUGAAGGUACCUAUUAUAUGCUGCUGCUUACAAACAGUGGAUUUUUUUGUAUUACAAAUCUUCAGCUUGCAAAAAUUCAACAAGCAAUUGAGAAUGUAGACUUCAACACAGCAAAAAAGUUACAAGGACAAAUCAAGUCCAGUUUUAUUUCUACUGAAAAUUACCAUACUCUUGGUUGUCUCAAUCUUGUGGCUGGAGAUUUAGCCAGUGAAAUUCCUGUGAUAAUUGGGGGAACUGGUAAUUGUGCAUUCUCAAAAUGGGAACCAGACUCUUCCAAGAAAGGAAUGACAGUUAAGAAUGUUCUUGAUGCAGAGAUUAUUAAAGGUGCAAAGAAGUUCCAGUUGAUAGACAAUCUACUUUUUGUUCUUGAUACUGAUAAUGUGCUGAGCUUGUGGGAUAUUUACACUCUGACUCCCAUAUGGAACUGGCCCUCUCUUCACAUUGAAGAGUUUCUUCUUACCACAGAAGCAGAGUCUCCUUCAUCAGUCACGUGGCAAGGGAUUACAAAUCUCAAAUUAGUGGCUCUGACAAUUACUGCUGAUAAGAUGAAAAAUCUCGUGGUUUAUUCAUUACCCAUGAUGGAAAUACUGUAUUCUUUGGAAGUAUCUAGCGUUUCAUCUCUGGUCCAGUCAGGAAUUAGCACAGAUACCAUAUACCUUUUGGAAGGAAUUUGCAAAAAUGAUUCAAAACUAUCUGAAGAUUCAGUCUCUGUUGUAGUACUCAGGUGUCUUACAGAAGCUUUACCAGAAAACAGAUUGAGUCGGUUACUUCACAAACACAGAUUUGCUGAAGCCGAGAGCUUUGCUAUUCAGUUUGGACUAGAUGUUGAGCUUGUUUACAAGGUGAAAUCCAAUGAUAUAUUAGAGAGACUAGCCUUGAGUUCGGCGGACACCAGCGAGCAGACUAAAUGGCAAAAACUCGUAGGUGAAGCUAAAGAAAAUCUACAUAAAAUCCAGGAUGAUGAAUUUGUGGUGAAUUACUGCUUGGAGGCUCAGUGGAUAACCUAUGAAACCACCCAGGAAAUGCUAAAUUAUGCAAAAACAAGGCUUUUGAAAAAAGAAGAUAAAACUGUUCCUGUCUAUUCUGAUGGCUUAAAAGAGGUACUAAGGGCUCAUGCAAAAUUGACUACUUUUUAUGGAGCAUUUGGACCAGAAAAAUUCAGUGGUAGUUCUUGGAUUGAAUUUCUGAAUAAUGAAGAUGACCUUAAGGAUAUCUUUUUACAGCUAAGAGAAGGAAACCUUGUUUGUGCACAGUACCUUUGGCUUCGACAUCGGGCAAACUUUGAAAACAGAUUUGAUGUGAAAAUGCUUGAGAACUUGCUCAACUCAAUUUCUACACCAGUCUCUUUGCAAAAGCUUUGUCCAUGGCUUAAAAAUGAUGUGAUCCCAUUUGUGAGAAGGGCUGUACCUGAAGGGCAGAAAAUUCUGGCAAAAUGGUUGGAACAAGCAGCCAGAAACCUUGAAUUAACUGAUAAGGCAAACUGGCCAGAAAAUGGACUUCAACUGGCAGAAGUCUUUUUUACAGCAGAAAAACCAAAUGAGUUGGUGUUGGUGUCCUGUUGGCAAUGGAUUUCCUUGAAGGAUUAUCAAAACACAGAGGAAGUAUGUCAGUUAAGGACUUUGGUAAAUAACUUGCAGGAGUUGAUCACAUUGCAUAGGAAAUACAACUGCAAACUGGCCCUCUCUGAUUUUGAGAAGGAGAAUGCAACCACCAUUGUGUUCCGGAUGUUUGAUAAAGUGUUAGCCCCAGAGCUGAUUCCUUCCAUCUUAGAGAAGUUUAUAAGAGUUUACAUGAGGGAACAUGGCUUGCAAGAGGAGGAACUUCUCCUGCUCUACAUAGAGGAUUUAUUGAAGAGAUGUAGCUCAAAGUCCACCUCACUCUUUGAAACUGCAUGGGAAGCAAAAGCCAUGGCAGUAAUAGGAUGUUUAUCUGACACAGAUCUCAUAUUUGAUGCUGUGCUUAAGAUCAUGUACGCUGCGGUGGUUCCCUGGAGCGUGGCUGUGGAGCAGCUGGUGAGACAGCAUUUAGAGAUGGACCAUCCCAAGGUCAAGUUAUUGCAGGAAAGUUAUAAACUAAUGGAGAUGAAAAAACUUUUACGAGGUUAUGGAAUAAGGGAGGUGAAUCUCUUAAACAAGGAAAUCAUGAGGGUGGUCAGAUAUAUUCUCAAACAAGAUGUUCCAUCUUCUUUAGAAGAUGCUUUGAAGGUGGCCCAAGCAUAUAUGUUACCUGAUGAUGAAAUUUAUAGUCUAAAGAUUAUUGACCUGAUGGAUAGAGAACAGGGUGAAGACUGUGUGCUUCUGUUGAGGUCUUUGCCUCCUGCUCAAGCAGAGAAAACUGCAGAACGGGUAAUCGUAUGGGCACGACUGGCAUUACAAGAAGAACCGGAUGAUUCUAAAGAGGACAAGGCCUGGAGAAUGUCUGUAGCGAAGACAUCCGUAGACAUUCUUAAAAUACUAUGUGACAUCCAGAAAGACAAUCUGCAGAAGAAGGAUGAAUGUGAAGAAAUCCUGAAACUAUUUAAAGCUGUUGCUAGCUUACAGGAGAACUUCGAGGUCUUCCUGUCCUUUGGAGAUUACAGCAACAGUGCCCUGGUCUCAGAGCUCCGUGAACAGUACAUCAGAGCUCACGAAGUCACACAGACCAAACACAAAUCCCAGAGCUCUGCAGAUCCUCCAGCUGCUGAGGAUAAGAGCCCGAGCACCAAGUCCAAACUGCACAGACAGGCGCUGGCCCUGCACGUGUCCACACAAGAGCGGGAGGCCGAGCUGACCUUGAGAGCCUUAAACCAUGGGAACCUGGAAGCAGCGCUGAGAAGAUGCAGAGACUUGUUUAAGUAUCACCGCAAUGCCGACACUGGGAAGUUGCUGUUUUUGACGUGUCAGAAGCUUUGUCACAUGUUGGCUAAUGACAUUCCAAUGGCAACACCCGUGGGCCUCAAUCUUCCUUCUGAAAUACAUGCUCUAGCUUGCCAAGCUGCCACCAUCUGCAGCCCAGAUUUUUUGCUAGAUGCUUUAGAACUAUGUAAAUAUACAUUAACAGCAGUAGAGCUUUCCAGACAGUGCCAAAUGGAUGACUGUGGAAUUCUAAUGAAAACUUCCUUUGGAACUCAAAAAGAUCCAUAUGAAGAGUGGUCUUACAGUGACUUCUUCAGUGAAGAUGGGAUAGUUCUGGAGUCACAGAUGGUGCUGCCUGUUAUUUAUGAAUUGAUUGCGUCACUUCUGCCUCUGGCUGAAAGCAAGAGACAUCCCUUGGAUUCUACAAGUUUACCAUACCGUUCUAUUAAUGAAGGAGACAACCUCAUUUUACCUAUUAUAAAUUCCAUCUCGGCAUUGCUCCAGAACCUGCAAGAAUCUAGCCAGUGGGAACUGGCCCUAAGAUUUGUCAUUGGUUCAUUUGGUACCUGUCUUCAGCACUCUGUAUCAAGCUUCAUGGAUGCCAGUCUGAGUGGAAAGUUGUUUGGAGAGGCCACAUUAGUUAAAUCAAGGCAUGUUGUUAUGGAACUGAAAGAGAAAGCUGUUAAAUUUAUCAGGGGAAACGCUACAACACUGUUGCACAAAGUAUUUAAUUGUCGCCUGGUGGAUCUUGACUUGGCAUUGGGUUACUGCACUCUGUUACCCCAAAAAGAAGUGUUUGAAAAUCUCUGGAAGCUCAUAGAUAAAGCGUGGCAGAACUACGACAAAAUUUUGGCAAUAUCUCUGGUGGGCUCUCAGCUGGCCAGCCUCUAUCAGGAAAUAGAAACAGAGCUUAAGUUCCGUGAACUCAGUACUGAUGCUCAGUGGGGUAUUCGUCUUGGCAAACUUGGUAUUUCUUUCCAGCCGGUUUUCAGGCAACAUUUUCUCACCAAGAAAGACCUCAUUAAAGCUCUUGUGGAGAAUAUAGAUAUGGACACAAGCCUCAUUCUGGAAUAUUGCUGCACAUUUCAGUUGGACUGUGAUGCAGCUCUUCAGCUAUUCAUCGAAACACUGCUACACAACACCAAUGCCAGCCAAGGCCAGGGAGACCUGAGCACACAGUCUGCAAAGCAGCAGCACCCCAAACUCCUGGCCAAAGCCCUGGAAAUGGUUCCUCUACUGACGAGCACAAAAGAUCUGGUCAUCAGUCUUAGUGGAAUACUGCAUAAGUUGGAUCCCUACAGCUAUGAAAUGAUUGAAGUGGUCCUGAAGGUUAUAGAAAGAGCUGAUGAAAAGAUAACCAACAUUAAUAUCAAUCAGGCAUUGAGUCUUCUGAAACAUUUGAAAUCAUACAGAAGAAUAUCUCCUCCGGUGGACCUAGAAUAUCAGUAUAUGUUGGAGCAUGUGAUAAGUUUGCCAUCAGCUGCCCAAACUAGACUGCCUUUUCACCUAAUAUUCUUUGGCACAGCACAGAACUUCUGGAAAAUUCUCUCUACAGAACUCAGUGAAGAAUCUUUCCCAACACUGCUCCUAAUUUGUAAAUUAAUGAAGUUCUCUUUGGACACUCUGUAUGUGUCUACAGCCAAACAUGUUUUUGAAAAAAAACUGAAGCCAAAGCUUCUGAAGUUAACACAAGCUAAAUCCUCAACACUGAUUAACAAGGAAAUAACUAAGAUCACUCAAACCAUCGAGUCCUACUUAUUGUCUAUAGUUAACCCAGAGUGGGCUGUAGCUAUUGGCAUCAGUCUUGCCCAGGAUAUCCCAGAAGGUUCUUUCAAGAUGUCCAGCUUGAAAUUCUGCCUGUAUUUAGCUGAGAGAUGGCUACAGAAUAUCCCAUGUCAGGAUGAAACACGUGAAAAAGCAGAGGCUUUGUUGAAGAAGCUUCAUAUUCAGUACCGGCGAUCAGGCACUGAAGCCGUGCUCAUAGCCCACAAGCUCAACACCGCGGAAUAUCUAAGAGUGAUAGGAAAGCCUGCACAUCUCAUCGUCAGUCUGUACGAGCAUCCUAGCAUAAGUCAGAGAAUUCAGAAUUCCUCCAGCAAAGAAUAUCCCGAUAUUCACGCAGCUGCCAAAGAAAUUGCCGAAGUUAACGAAAUUAAUUUGGAGAAAGUCUGGGACAUGUUGUUGGAGAAGUGGCUGUGCCCGUCCACAAAACCUGGUGAGAAACCGUCAGAAUUAUUUGAACUUCAAGAAGAUGAAGCACUCCGAAGAGUCCUGUAUCUCCUUCUGUCUCGCCCGAUUGAUUACAGCUCAAGAAUGCUGUUCGUGUUUGCAACAUCAGCGACAACUACGCUGGGUGUGCGCCAGUUAACUUUUGCCCACAGAGCUCGAGCUCUUCAGUGUCUCCUAUAUUUGGCCGACAAGGAAACUAUAGAAUCUCUCUUCAAAAAACCCAUGCAAGAAGUGAAAUCUUAUUUGAAAUGUAUAACUUUUCUGGCAUCGUUUGAGACUUUGAAUAUCCCCAUCACAUAUGAAUUAUUUUGCAACAGUCCUAAAGAAGGAAUGAUUAAGGGUCUAUGGAAAAACCACAGCCAUGAAUCCAUGGCAGUAAGGUUGGUGACUGAACUUUGUUUGGAGUACAAAAUCUAUGACCUGCAGCUUUGGAAUGGACUCUUGCAGAAGCUUCUUGGCUUCAAUAUGAUCCCUUACCUAAGGAAAGUUUUAACCGCCAUUUCUAGUAUCCAUUCGUUAUGGCAGGUUCCCUACUUCAGCAAAGCUUGGCAGCGUGUGGUUCAGAUACCCCUACUUUCAGCAUCUUGUCCUCUGAGCCCCAGUCAGUUAUCAGAUUGUCGAGAGAGUCUCAUCGCUGUUCUAGAAUGCCCAGUUUCAGAUGAUCUCGACAUGAUUGCGGUUGCCAGGCAGUAUGUCCAGUUAGAGCUUCCGGCUUUUGCACUAGCCUGUCUGAUGCUCAUGCCUCACUCGGAAAAAAGACAUCAGCAAAUUAAGAAUUUUCUGGGCUCGUGCAAUCCUCAGAUCAUUUUACAGCAAUUAGAAGAGCAUAUGAAUACUGGCCAAUUGGCAGGAUUUUCACAUCAAAUUAGAAACCUGAUUCUGAAUAAUAUCAUAAGUAAGAAGGAGUUUGGGAUUUUGGCAAAGACAAAAUACUUUCAAGUGUUGAAAUUGCAUAUGAUGAAUUCCAACAACAUCACUGAGCUGGUAAACUAUUUGGCAAAUGAGUUAAGUUUAGAUGAAGCUUCAGUGUUUAUAACUGAAUAUUCAAAACAUUGUGGGAAGCCUGUACCACCAGACGCCGCUCCCUGUGAAAUUCUGAAGAUGUUUCUUGGUGGAUCAUAGCCGAUCAACCUCUUUUAAGAAGAACAAAGGGGACUUUGGAGUCUACUAUUAACUAAUCAUAUUUAUUAGGGUUUUAAAGUUGUGCCGUCAAUGUGUUAUAACUUGUCAAAUGUUGACCAACAAGUAACAACUGAGGCGCUUCGUAGUAGUUUGAUUAUUAUCUUGUAAAGAACUCAUGUCUUGAGUUAAUCAAUCUUCUUUACCAGUUACUUGUAUAACUUAUAGAGACCAUCAGUCUUUUGCACCCCAACAGGAAGGAAACUAAAUGCACAAGUAUCUUGCUUCGGCCACAAGAAAAACAACUACUUAUAUCCUAUUUCUUCAUAUACAAAUAAGAAUAAGAAUAACGUCACUCUUUCUAAUGAAUUCUAGUUAAACAUGUAUCUAAGUUUUGCCGCAGAGCGUAUCAGGCCAGCCAGAAAAACAGAAACCACUCUAGGUAUUUCAGGCAGAGAAGAAUUGGACGGCAGGAAUUGGUUACAAAGGUGUUAGAAGGACUGAAAAGCAAAGGGGAGAGCGAGGGGCCGCUGGAGAGGCGGAAGGGGAAAGGGCUGUUAGCUGACGCAAGGAGGUGGCUGCUGCGCCUCCCCCUUCACCGCCGCGGCCUCCAGUGGCCCUCGGUCACCCUCAGCGAUUGCUGCCGCUUCCAGGCCACCACCGAAAGAGAAAAGAAACAACUCCUUUUUCUCUGUCCAACCUUCUAAUUCUCCUGCCAGUGCCAAGAAUGACAGAACCAAACCGGAACCCAUCUGGCCAGGUGUCUGGGAAAGCCGGCUGUAGGCUGUCAGCGCCAGCAGUACAGAGGCUGGCCUGCGGGGGCAGUGUGGAGCUGAAAGCCAGCAGCCGCCACCCAGCGUGCAGAAAAGGUCAUCACAACUCUUAUUCUGCCUCUGUAGUCUUUUUCUAUUUGUGUGUAUAAAUUGAAUUUCAUAAAUCAGAA